AGGCAACCAACACUGUCGUUGUUCGCGUAGAUGCCACGAGGGAAACCAAACAAGAAGCUGAACAAAAAGCACGAAAAGCUUGGGAGGACAGUGGCCGAGUUGCCUCCUGGGGGUGCCAAUGGUUCCACACAUGGAAGGAACAGGUGGCACAGGCGGUGAAGUUGAGACAACGUCUCAAGGUAGUGUUCUUUCCGGGCCAAACUGGUCAAGGAAUCGUUCCCUUUGAUCACUUGAAAAGUGACGCCAUCGAUCUUUGGGAUGGAGUCGGCUGCGGCGGCAGCCAAAAGUGUGAAAUAGCACAUUUGGAGCUGAUGAGGCGACAGGAAGGAGAGGCGGGAGAGGCUUGGGAGUACGAUCAUGUGGAUGUCAGCCAUUUCCUGAAGGAAGAGUUCAAAGUUGGCGCGAAAGUUGAUGCCUGCAACGGCAAAGAGUGGUGUAGGGGGACACUAGUUGGUGUUCCCUCAAGGAUACCGAAUAAACCCCAGGACUCAAAAUGGACCAUACAGUCUCGAAGUAGUGGGCAGCUGUUCGUAACUGAUCGCAUAAGGCAUGCUGAUUUCAUACAAACCAUGCUUGCAGAAGUUGGACGUGAACACUUCAUCGGCCUGGUGAAAAACUCGUUACCGCCAGAUCUCAAGACCUUCAAGGAUCAGGAAUUCUUAUUCCCCGAUGGCACUCCAUCACUGGCGAUUAGACUUCGCAUCAAGCAUAUUGAUUUACUUCAGCACGUGCGCGACUUGGUCUUGAGCAAUGAGUUGGAAAGCAACAUCAACAAAGGUUUGGUCAACUGGCAAAUCCAUGUGGACAAGACAUUCUUUUGCAAAGUUUUCGAACUGGAAUUGCGCAUUGUGUUGAUGGAACAUCCAUACCAACAUUUUUUGAGCUUGCACGUUGACGGUGACCGCUUGGGUUGGACGACCUUGCCCGACAGCAAGAUGCGAUUUCUCUUGACCAUCAUCGAUGAAGCACAUGAUAUUUUCUGUACAGAUGGGAACCGCACUUUUCUGGAAGAGAAGAUUGAGGCACCACGACAGGUGCUGUUCUUGUCGAGCGUAUCCCAAAACUCAUUUGGUGCAGUGGACUUUCCACCAGCCAAAAAGAUCACAAUGACCCAAGUGGUGCGCAGUACGCAGAGGAUCGUGGCUGGGGCAGCUGCAUUUCAAGCAAGUGCGGCAGAGAAAGAUCAGAUCGGCUCAUUAUGCCCAGCUGGGCCCCCUCUGAAGGCUUUCCUCUUUGAGUCUGAUGGACAGCUUUACGAAAACUAUGCCGAACACACUGUAUCUGCAUUAUUUUUUGUCAUGUGCAUCUACGCUGGACUCAGUUUGCACAAGCGCUUGGUGCUUUUGGUUCCCAACCCUGACUUUCUGGAGGAGUUCCGAGAUGCGUUGCAAAGACAUUUCUUGACGGCACGCCUUGCAGGGCGAAACUUCAAGCUGAUAUCGUUUACUGAGUCGCUACGCAUGCUGCCAAACGUCAAAGUGAAGCAGGCCACACAGGCAGACAAUGCAGAGAUGAUAUUGCUGGACACAGUGGAGAAUGCAAAGGGACUGGAGUCACUCAUCGUGGUGUGCAUUGGUCUUGAUCAAAGAGUUGCUGGCCAAAGUGCAAAUCAGGUUGGACGUUCCAUUAUUUAUCAGGCUAUCACUCGGGCGCAGCUUCAGGCAGUGAUUGUGAACCAGCUCCUCCGAGGAGGUUGGCUGGAGUUCUUGGGGGUCACGAAAUUCAAAAGUGAUACCUUUAAUGAAUCCACAGCUAUGGCCGAGACCACCACUGCUGCUGCUGAAGCCUUGACGAAAGUGCAGCUGCCAUCGAAGUUGGCAAUUCAGGUCUCGCAGGAAGAUUCAUCGCGAAGAGAAGAUGCCAGGGCGAUCCAAAGAGAUCCUCUGAAGCCAGAUGCUGUGCCACCUUCAAAGCCAAUGUUGGAAGAAGGUCAAGACCCCACAACUGCACCUGAGGCGGGUGACAAGCCCGGUGACAAGUUGGUCGUGGAGAUCAAGGAUUCAUCUGUGUGGGACGCCGAUGUCAUUGACAUCAAGGAGCCGAUCUCACAGCUGCAGUUUGACCCUCGAUCACCCACGGGAAAAGCUGAGGAAGAGGUAGCAUCCUUGGAGGUGCGGAAGUAUCGUGUCUCACACUGUACACUGUCUUUGAAGUUUUGA